UUUAGUCAAAAGUUAACAUGCUAUAGAUAGUGGCAGCACAAGAAAACUCAGACAGAAUGAGUUUUAAUUUAUUUAUUUUAUAGAAUCACAUACAACGCAGUUAUUUAUUAAACUAUAUUUUAUAAUGGUUACAUUUGCUCCCUUCACAUGUUAGACGCGUUUACCAACACGGUCAGCUUCGAUUUGGGAUAAAAAUGCCACCUGUGGAUGCGAGUUUCGACAGAAGUGAAUAAAUGUGAAUGAUCGGAAAAGAGAUGGAGAUCGAUUCAGUGAGAGUCGAGUCGAGUCUGUGGGUCGGCAACAAGCGCUUUAAGGCUUCCCUCAGCGAAUGGUACUUCAGCUGGACUGAGAUCGACAAGAGGAACCGCGAGAAGAAAACAGUUUCAGUGCCCGUGUCAGAAGUGAUCGGGGUGAAAGAAGGUCGGGAAGAGAUCCAACCCCGGAAGAAAUUAGAGGAUAGUGACCUUGAUUUUACUUUAUUUUAUGUGAAGCGCAACCGCAGAGGUAACACUCGGGGCACGUUGUGGAGCCUGGGCAGGACCCAGUUUUGCUGCCCUAGCCGGGAUGUACGGGAUCAGUGGAUCACUCAACUCAGAACCGCGCUCAAAACACACAGCCCCUCGCGUCCACACAGGCUGCUGGUGUUCAUUAAUCCUUUCGGAGGAAAGAAGAGGGGAAAACAGAUCUACCACUCGCUAGUGUCUCCUCUGUUUGAGCUGGCUGGCAUCAGUUGUCACGUUGUAGUGACUGAACGAGCAAAUCAGGCCCGAGACUACAUCUUAAAGAAAGAUUUAACCGGGUUUGAAGGUGUGAUUUGUGUGGGUGGAGAUGGCAUGUUUAGCGAGCUAAUGCACGGUGUGAUUGGACGAACCCAGCAGGAGGCGGGAGUUUCAGAACACAACCCCACUGUCAUGUUGCAGCCAUGUGACCUUCACAUUGGCAUCAUUCCAGCAGGCUCGACGGAUUGUGUGUGUUUCGCUACAGUGGGUGUAAAUGACCCUGUUACAUCAGCCCUGCACAUCAUCAUUGGAGAUUCUCAGCCGUUGGAUGUGUGUUCUGUCCAUCAUAAGUCAACACUUGUGAAGUAUUCGGUCUCUAUGGUGGGCUAUGGUUUCUAUGGAGAUGUUUUAGCAGAGAGUGAGAGGCACCGCUGGAUGGGUCCUCUCAGAUAUGAUUACUCAGGUUGUAUGGUAUUCCUGUGCAACAGGAACUAUCCGGGACUAGUGCAAUAUCUCCCUGCUGAUUCACAUGUCUCCAGCCCACGGGACAACACUCGCUGCCUCGCGGGGUGCAGAGUGUGUUCAGAGAGCAAAGAGAGGCUGUUUCCACACUCUGACAGCUCCAGUUCUCUCUACAGCACUAAUCUCAGCCAGUACAGCAGUGGGUUAGAAGGUGAGUGGGUGACUAUUGAAGGCAAGUUCAAGUGUGUCUCUCUCACCUGUAUGUCAAGCUCGUGCCCCCGGAGCCCGACAGGUCUCUCGCCCUCCGCUCACCUGGCAGACGGGACGGUGGAUCUCAUCCUAGUGCGUGAAACGAACCCCCUGGGCUUCCUCACAUACCUUCACAGACACACAACCACACAAGAUCAGUUCGACCUGCCCUUCGUUGAAGUACAUCGUGUCAGGGCGGUUCGGUUUUUUCUGCAACCCGGAGAAGAGGAAGAGGAGGAAUAUGAGGAAGAGACAGAGAUAGAGAGUUCAUUUGAGAGGGUAUUGGAAGAUCCUGACAAACUGCACACCGGUGAUAUUGCAAACUCGCAAAGCAAAAGUACCUCGCAGCAGUGUCUCGCGGGACAGGAGAGAGAAACUGUGAAAAGCCCUAGAAGGAAAAAGAGAAACUUUGUGUGCGGGCCAUGCUGCACUAAACCUCCUUCAGUAUCUGUGUGGAACUGUGAUGGAGAAAUUCUACCUCAUACCGAAAUCUUAUGCAGAGUUCAUGGCCAGCUAGUGCGUCUCUUUGCCAGGGGCAUUGAAGAUUCAACAGGAGCUUGAAAAUGGCAUGCAGCUCUGUACGGAGAGCUACUGUACAAAGAGAGACGUGUUUAAUACAACGGAUGACCUCUUUACAGUACACAAGUAUUAAUUUAUAAGAGAGAACAAAUGUUAAUGUAUAUGUAACGUAAACGUGUGAUGGGUGAGAGGUUGUGCAUGUUAAUGUGUGCGGCAUUUAAAAGAGGAGCAAAAAUGUCACGCACGCUUAUUUCACAUUUGCCAGGGUAAUAUUUCAGUUCCUAAAAUUAACAUGAAGGUGAUGGAUCGCCUGAUUCAAAUGUAGUUUCAGCUCUGUGGUAAUUAGGGUUGGGUAUCGACAACCGUUUCAAUUUUAGAACCGAUUCCAAAUUUCAAAGAACCGGGGAUUCGAUAGGAUGCGCGUAUUUCGGUUCUGUUUAUCGAUUCUUGAAUUUUUCAGUCACUCGCGAACGGCAGUGAGCAUUUUACAGCUGUAUCUGUCUGCCAUGACCUGCGACAAGGACCUUAUCUCAUUACGCACAUGCGCAGUUCUAACUACCCGCACUAUGACUGAACGCAUCAAACGUUAAAAAGUUUGGUUAAACUUUGUGAAAAAAGACGAUAGCAUUGCAAAUGCAAUACAUGUGGUAAAGAUAUUUCGUGCAAGGGAGGAAGUACCUCUUAUUUGAUGAAACACGGAAUUAAUCUGAAGGAAUGCACCGUGUUUAAGGCUCCCAGCCUCGAGUCUUCUGCUCCAACGCACCAGAUAAGCUUGCAGCUAAUAUUAGCAGCGUCUCACACUCAGGUACAAAAUACAGAUAACAGUUAGAGAUGAAAAGACGUUUUUUAAGUUACUUUAUUUUUUUAAAUAGUGAUCACAAUUAAAUACAUUCGGGAAGCUACAGGACAACAUAUUCUAGUUUAUUUUAAAUUAUAUUAAUUUGAAUAAUUAAUUCAAUCACUUUUUUAAAAUGAAUUUAUUCAGUAUUUUAUUCACAAAUAAUUGUUUAGAUAAUGUACGAUCUAGCAACUGCAUGUUAUAUAUUUUAUGUUGUAUUUUUGUGUUAACCUUAAAUAGUUUUGUUUUGUAAUUGCUUCUGAUUAUUCCUUAAUGGAAGUGUUAUUUAUUUCAUUAUUUGACGAAUUGUCACAGUUAACAGUUACAGCCUACUGGUUAUAGCCUAAAUGUGGCAAGAAUAAAAGGUUCUCUCCCCAAAAAAAACACAUUGGAAUCGGAACAGAGAAUCGAUAAGCGGUAUCGGAAUCGCUCAAAUAAAAAACGAUACCCAACCCUAGUCGUAACAAGGAAUUGUUAAUUUCAAUGUUUUUUGCAGAGCAAAAAAUGUGUGUGUACUGUGUGCAAUAUUUUAAUCUGUUUCUCUUGCUGAGGUUUAACAAGAUUCUGUUCAAGUAAUUGUUUGAGCGUAAAAGGUACGACCACUGGUUUGCCGAGGUUCAGUGGAGGUACUGCAUUCUCCGGCUAGUGCUUUGCAUGGUAAUGACUGUAUCGGACAGAGUGAUUGACGUAGGCCGUAUGGGAUAACUUAAAGGGAGGAGACUCAUUCCAUUGCCGUUCAUAAAGAUGUAGUCAUCGACAGGAAUGUGAACAUACAGGGUUUCUGUGGGUUUAAAACUCAUUAUUUGAAGGGGUAAUUACAAACAUGUGUUGGUUGAGUGUAUAGAAUGUAUUAGAAAAGUGUCAUAAAUAUAGAGUAUAUAUAGCUACUCCUAUAGGAGUAGAACCCAAUAAACAUUUUUGUCUUUCGAAACACUAUUGGCUAUGGUAAAGACUAUGAAAGCAUAUUGGUAGCUAUUUUCAAUUUGAAAUGCAAUACGCAAAAUGGCAAUGCAGUAUGUAAAAUGACAAUGCAACUGUGUAUUUAAAUAUGCAUUUUAAAUAACAUAUGUGCAACAUUAAGUGCAAAAUGAAAAUAAAAAUUCAAUUAUAUCAAUUACAUUUGUCAGUUCCUACACUAGUUUUAAUGUUAUUUAAAUGGAUAUUUUUAAUGCUCUUUAAAUUGCAAAAUGAAAAUGCAUUCCCCGAUUGAUUAUAUAUGUUUAAUGAACCAAUAUGCUUCCAUAAACACUGUCAUCCAAACUAAGUUUUCUCAGGGUUCUGGUUAUAAUAAAAGAAAGAGAGGUUGCUAGAGUAAAGAAGAACCGCAUGUUAUUCAUAAUAACCCUGUGACAGGGUUUAAAUCUGCAAACUCGUUAAUUAUUAGCAUCACAUCUUGACUUAAAUUACACAAACAAGUACUGUAUAAAGAAUAUGACUCAACCUGGUUCCUAUUACUGAAGAAUCCGAUAAGACGGUUCAAUAUAACAGGUUAUAUCAUAUAUCUGAAGGGGUAGGUCAAGAACCAAAGAACAUUCCACACUUCUUGGUCAUCUUUUUGGCACACAGUGGCUCAUCUGGCUGCACCCAUAUAACCAAUUAAUUCUUGUGUUCUGAGUUAAAAUGUCUUCAGAAACAUCAAUGCACCGCAAUCUAACCUAUACCCACUUGUCCACGGAUGUGACGUACGUCACGAUAUAUGAUAAAAGAGAGAGAUAGCAAAAUCACUUCUGAGACAGGCAUUUUAAACACAGCACAGUUCAUAUUGCACACUUAAAGGGAUAGUUCACCUUCAAAAUAAAAUUGUUGUCAUUACUUACACACCCUCUUGUCAUUUCAAACCUGUUUGUUCUGUAUUGUAGAACACAAGAGAAGAUAUUUUGAAAAAUGCCGGUAACAGAAAACCGUUGGUCCCCAAAGACUUGUGUUGGUUUUGCGUCCAUGCAAGUCAAUGGGGACCAACGUUUUUUAGUUACUGUAGGAAAUUUUUAUGCUUUUUGCAAACUAAUGUAAGAAUAUGUAUGCAUUUACUUCAACUAACACACGUGUAAGAUUGUCAGUGCCUGGUACAGAGUUUUGAUUUAUCUCUUUCAAUGUAGCAGAACAGAGGCCUACAGUAUAUGAGGUUUUGGUAGAGGUCAAAGAACAAAAAGUCUUGUAGAAUGAAUAAUGUCUUGCUUUAUUAAGGGAAGAUGUGCAUGGCCUUGGAGCUGUGGAUAAGAGUGAAACAUAAUAAAAUAUUUUUAAAGACAAAUCUUAGUCUCAUCUCUCAGAAAAGUUUCCACAACAUUACCAACAUUUUUCUAAAUAUCUUCUUAUGUGUUUUGCAGAAGAAAGAAAAUAACACCCGUUUAAAAUGACAACAGCGUAAGUAAAUGAUGACUGAAUUUUCAUUUUGAAGGUGAACUAUUUUUUAAAAUACUGCAUGUAACACUUGAGUUUUUUCUGCAUCAGCCUUUUUUGGUUUUAGUUUUAGGAACUUAUCCUACUGUACAAUUGUGAUAUCAGUGGUAACAUUAAGUUUACUUGGCAAAUAUUGUACCUCAUGAAGUAAAGAGUGCAGGAGAGCAUUAAGCAUGGUGAAAGAUCCAACAUCCACACUUGUUAUGCAAGAGAUUAUGCUGAAGAACACUGAAGAAUGUUAAUCUUUCACCUAGAUACAUGCAUAGAUAAGAUAAACAUAGAACUGUAAAGGCAUUAAAAAGCUUUGUUCUUUUUGUGAAGAAAAAACCCAUUACAACAGCAGAAUAUUGCACAAGUUAGAUUUGAGAUGUUUUAUGAGAUGAAAGCUAAUUCGCCUUCCAGCAUUUGUCUCUUGUGAAAAUGAAUCAUUGUGUCUAUAAAAGUUUACCGCAGUAGGCUAUUUGUAGUUCAACUUAUUAUACAAAUAGUAAUGGACACUACACUUUUACUACAAUAAAAUCACAAUCACUCACAAACAAAAAAUCCAGGUUUUCCAAUGGCUAAAUUGAAAUGAAUAAAAUGGGCACGUUUAGACUUGUAAAUAGUUGCUUUAAAAAAACAAUUAAGUGAAAUUUAAGAUACGAAUAUUUCUCUUGUACUUAUAAGAUAUUAAAGCAACAACGAGCCGUUUUUGUGUAUGGUUCCCCCAUGUGGUUGAUAAGCGCAAUUGUCUGUUAUCAAUGUCGUAAAUACUGUCGCUGUAUAAGCUUCCACGUGGGCAGCGCAAUACACAUGAAUUUGUUGACUAAGGAGAAACUGCUGUUACAUCAUGUCACUUCAUGAACUGUGCAUGUACUAAAGCACUAUUGGCUCCUGCGGGGUAUUACUGGGCUAUACUAAUAGCUCAAACUAGAUUCUGAGACAGCAGCUGGUUGUUAGCCGUUAGGGCAUAGCGUGCUAGCUCCAUAGCAGCUAACGUUAGCUACAUAACACAUUCAGUCAACCAAAACACAACACAACGCAUGAACGUGAAUGUGUUUAGUAACAAAUGCAAAUCAUUUUCUGUAGUUAUUUUUUCGGAAACACACUCGCGACCCGGUGUUGUGCUUUGUGUAAUAAAUCGCUAUGGGUAUAGUGCCUAGCAUAGUAACUAUAGAUACCAAUAACAUUAGUCUACGUGCAUGAACUAAGUAAUCAGCAACUUUUGACCAUAAAACAUUUAUUGUGGUUUGGUAGUCAUCGUUUACAAGCAUAAUACUAAAUUCAUGAAGAGGCACGAUCAUGCCACGUAAGCUAUUGAGACCCGGCAACAUUACAUUAUCUACCUUGCGGUAAUAAAUUGUGAACCAGUAACCUUAGUGCGCCAAUAAACAACCUGAGCACAGCCUAAUGACGAAUAAGCUCAAAAGUACAGGACAGUAAGAAAACAAAUGACAUAAGACUUUCAAAUCCAGUAGCAGGAAGGCUAAUGUUAGGUCUCCAUCCGUUUUGCAACCCGUUGCCUCUUGCAGCUCGCCUCACCGACUGGAAGUCCGUCAGAUAUUGAUUCGUGUUCGGGCUCGUGUCCGAUCACUCGCUCUCUUUUCCUCUGUUUUUUUUUUGCUGGCUCUGCCAUGGUGAUGGUUUGGAGACUUGCGUUGAACUGGAUCGUUUCGUCUUCUUGUUAGAUGUUGGCUUACUUCUCCCAGGCUAUGAGUAAAACGUGACGUAUGCCGCAAAGCAGGUGAUGGGGGGCUUGUGAACCUACCCGCGUACCAAAGUUACAAGUGUGAUUUCAGCCGAUAAAGGGCUGCUUGGGUAGCAGCGGCCUAUAUGGGGAGUCUGCAGACCUGGAGCAGGCAGUUUUACGCCCCUGUUGUUCCUUAUUUGUCCAGUAGGGGGAGUUGAACCACAAAAUAAAAUAUUUGUAACCGAAUCAAACUGU